GGGUUUCCUGGGCUGCGCGGAAGGGGUUCAGCGGCCAUAUUUUUUCAGAGCCGGGAAGUUGGUUGGGAAAACGAUGUUGUCCCGGUUGGCUGCUAGAUCAGCGGCAGUGGCUGCCCAGCACCACCACGGUGCCAGGCUGUGUGUGGCGGCGCCGGUUCGACUGUUCCACUGCUCAGAACAACACGGACGCCCCAUAGAACCCAUACCCGAGGAGGGCGGUAAGGUUCGCAUGGGCGUCUUUCCCGAGGAGUGGUUCCAGUUCUUCUACAAGAAAACUGGUGUGACCGGCCCCUAUGUGUUUGGAACUGGGCUCUUGGCGACCCUUCUGUCCAAGGAGUACCUGAUCAUCAACAAUGAGUUCAUCGCUGGGGGGAUUUUUGUGUCCUUCGUGGUGUACAUCAUCAGGAAAUUCGGCCCUAAUGUAGCCACCUACGCUGACAAACUACGCCAGGAGAGAAUUGACUACAUCGACAAUAAGAAGGGCAGGUUCAUCGGAGCCUGUGAAGAAGGUAUCGAGACUGAGAAGAAAGAACAGUGGCGAGCUGAGGGGGUGGACUACCUUUUCGAUGCCAAGAAGGCCAAUGUUGCCAUGCAGCUGGAGACUGCCUACCGUGAGAGACUACAUGAAGUUUCCAAUGCUGUGAAGAGGCGACUGGACUACCAGCUGGACGUAGAGAACACCCAGCGUCGCAUGGCCCAGGAACACAUGGCAGACUGGGUGGUCAGCAAUGUGGUCAAGAGCAUCACCCCGCAACAGGAGAAGGAAGCUAUUGCCAAGUGCAUUGAAGACCUGAAGCGAAUGGCCAAGGCUUCUUAACCAGUUAUACCUGUGUGUGUACAGUCCAAAUCAGUAGAACAACUUCUGCUAUAGAUCUCAUUAUGAAAUAUCCAACACUACCAGAUGGAAUAUCCAGGCUAUAUGAAGAGAAUUUGUAAGUUCUAGCAAGAGUACAGUUGAUUUGUGAAAGUGCUGAUACCUCUUGUCAGGAAAGUGAAUAAAUAUGUCAACAUUGCCAGUGGCAAAA